AUACCGUCCCUCUGGUGGGCGUGGUUUAUAUUUACUUCCUAGUACUCUGCUGUACUCAGAGAUCUGAGCUCAGUUGUUCCCAAAGCAGAGGACAGUGAAGACUUCUUAAUCUACGUCAUCUGAACAUGGAGCGUCGAACCAACAGCAGAAGAUCUAAUGAAUAUUUUGUGACGAGGCGACACUUGGAGCUGAAGGAUCUGAGAGCGGCAGCUCAAGAUUUCAAAGGCAGAAAUCCAAAUUCGGAAAUACGAAAAUACAUCUUCAAAGAAAAUCUCCCGCCUUACCCCCGACCUGAGCUCCAGGUGUCUCACCUGAAACACGACACGGAUCAAAGAGGGUUACUCGGUAUAAAGCGCCACGGCGGCUUCAGGGCCACAGACUGUCUGCAGUGGUGGAGUCUGGCGGUGAAACCUGAGGACAUCUCUGCAGCUGAGACGAGGCUCCUGGAGGAGACCUACCCGGACCGGACUGAGCAGCAGGCCCAGACGCAGCACAGCUUCCUGGGGAGGUUUGCCACCUCCCCGGCCUUCCUGGAGACCUCCAGGCUGGGCUCGUACCGCUUCACCUUCCCCGUGGAGGAGGUGCUGGAGGUCUACAGCCAGCAGUUCUGCAGCGGAGCUCCGCCCGUCCUCCGGGUGUUCGAGACCGUCCUGUACAAACAGGAAGUGAUGUACGCGGUGCUGGUCCACAGCCCGGCCAAUCAGGAGUGUCAGGAGCUUCCUUUGCUGAGUGACGACCCGACGGUCUGUGUUUACAAAGAUGGCCGCUUCACCUGGAGCUGUCAGGCCAUGUGUGAGACACACAGAUACCAGCUGGUCCAGAGACCUGAUGAAAACCAGAUGGAGGUUCAGGAGCUGUUUGGGAAUGAUGUAGAGUUUUACGUUUGGGAUGAUGUCGCCAUCGCCCUGCACAUGGAGGAAGGACAGGUGCUGAAAUUUGAUGAUGACCAACUGAGAAGGAACCUGAAGAUCUGUGGUCCAGGAGAGCCAGUAAUCACAAAAAGCUUUAACAGUUUCGAGAACCCCAAAGAUCUCGUUGAAGAGUUGUGGCCCGACUAUCCUGCACCGCCGGAGACGGAGCGCUCGCUCCAGGAGGCAGCAGCAGAUCCAGAGACUGAACCAGACUCCCUGAGACUGACUGAGGCUUCAGCAUCUGCAUCAUCCAGUUACUGAACCUCAGCUCUCAAGAAUCAGCCUCUACCUGCCAGUAACAGCUUCAAUCCUGCUUCAUCUCAUCCACCAUGUGAUUUCUCAUAUUAUCUGAUAUAAUAUCUGACAUAUAAAUCUCUCCUGAUUCUCUUGGUGUUUCUGGCGGAGGCAGAAAUAAAUGUGUGGUGAUUAAAGUUGACGUGUCCUGUGUUUAGUGCCUCACACUCUGCACUGCAUCAUGAACUAAACCUCACUAUUAUU